CUAUAUAUAUAAGAUAUGAAUGGCCGGCCAAAAGGUUAAUCCAUUGGUCUUGCUAUGGAGCAAAUUACAUUAGCCACUGCCCAAUGUUUUAUCUUCUUGACCUUCACAAUUAUAAGCUCAGGCAGUCCGACCUUCCAAGCAAUACCUUUCACAUCUAGCAAGCUGGUCAUUAAGCUUGUCCACCGUGAUUCAAUUCACUCCCCAUAUUACAAUAAGAAAGACAAUGUCACAAUCCGCAUAAAACGUGCUAUGGAAAGUUCAAUCCUGCGAUUUACUUACUUGCAGAAAAAGGUUAGAAGAACUUGGCCCGAAGAUGAUUUCCAAGCUGAUGUUCUUCCUAGUGCAGAUGGUUGUGUGUUUUAUACGAACAUAUCAAUAGGCCAACCACCUGUUCCUCAAUUCACUCUUAUGGACACUGGAAGCAGCCUUCUAUGGAUUCGAUGCCUUCCAUGCAGACGAUGUUCCACACAAUUUGGUCCAAUAUUUGAUCCUGAAAAGUCCUCCACAUAUGCUUACCUCUUGUGCAAUUCUCAGUACUGUCACUAUGCUCCUCAUGGCAGGUGCAACUUGCUCGACGAAUGUGAAUACAACCAGACAUAUAUUCAAGGCACUCCAUCAGUAGGAAUCCUUUCCAAAGAGCAAUUCAUAUUUAAAACAUCAGAUGAAGGCUCAGCUCCCAUCCCAGAUGUGAUAUUUGGGUGCAGUCACGAGAAUGGAAACUUCAAAGAUCACCAAAUAAGUGGAGUAAUUGGACUUGGCUUCAAAAAGUUAUCACUAAUAGCUCAAUUAGGUUCGAAGUUUUCUUACUGUAUUGGCAAUGUUUUUGAUCCAAACUAUAUUCAUAAUAAAUUGAUUCUAGGCGAUGGAGCCAUGUUCGAAGGUGACUCAACACCUUUAGAAGUGAUCGAUGGCAGAUAUUAUAUAACUCUUGAAGGGAUUAGUGUAGGUGAGAAAAGGCUGAUUAUAGAUUCUAACAUAUUCAAAAGGAAAACGUGGAAGAAGAGUGGAGUGAUUAUUGACUCUGGUUCAAGUACCACUUGGCUGGUGCAAGAAGGGUUUGAAGCACUUCGCAAUGAAGUUCAAAGUCUACUGGAUACAUGGAUGACACGGUUUUGGUAUAAUUCAUGGACGUUGUGCUACAUGGGAACAAUAAGUCAAGACCUUAUCGGAUUUCCAGCUGUGACAUUUCACUUCGCUAGAGGAGCCGAUUUGGUGCUAGAUACAGAGAGCUUGUUUGUUCAGCUGCACCCUUAUGCAUUUUGCAUGGCUGUGCUUCCAAGCUAUGCUAGUGGUGACAAUAUAACCAAUUUUUCUUUGAUUGGAAUGUUAGCUCAACAAAACUAUAACAUCGCCUAUGACAUUUAUGGAAAGACAAUGUCCUUCCAGAGGAUUGAUUGUGAGCUCCUCGACGAUUAAUAGUUUGUAAUUAUUGCAGGAUCAUGUAAUACCCUGAUGAAGUGCAAUUUUUUCCCUCCCCUAUUGUUCACAGUCUUUCUUCAGAACCUUUCAAAGAAAAAGAAGAAAAAGGGUAUUAAUGUUCUUAAUUUUUUUGCAGUCUAUUUUGUGUGUGUGUUCAAAACAGAGGACUCUUAGGACCCAAGCAAAUAGCCAAACAACAAUAUCACAAAGGGGUAUCAAACAGAAUCAAAUUUACAAGGUAUGCAGAUGGGAAGUGACCGGAGGCAAAUCCACACUUUAAAGUAGGGGU